AUGAAUACACCACCCGCAGCUGCAUACCAGAUUCUUGACAUCCGUGCUCCUAUUUCCACGGAAGCAUUAAAACUACCCGCGCACCAAGAGUACCCUGGCCCUAGCAACGAUGAAGACAUUCGCAAGAAGCCCCCCACGCCUCCAGCAUCGACUGACCAUUCAUUAGAUGCUUUCAACGGUGACGACCUUGUAGACACUAUUUUAGAAUCCCUGGAUAAACCGGCCGGGAGCAAGUCCAUUCCAACCUUUGUUCUGUACGACACGCGUGGAUUGCAACUAUUUGAUGAAAUUACACAUUUAGACGACUAUUAUCUCACGAAUGCAGAAAUGGGGAUAUUAAAAGAGCGGGCUGAUCAGCUUGCAGCCCGAUUACACGAUGGCAGUGUGAUUAUUGAACUUGGGGCAGGAUCACUCCGCAAAACGUCAUUGAUUCUCGAAGCUAUCGAGCGACAAAAGCUCAAAGUUACCUACUAUGCCCUGGACCUGGACCAACAUGAGCUGGAACGGUCGUUAGGCUCUCUUGGCGACUUCACUUAUGUUCGCCUCAUGGGUCUACUAGGAACAUACGAUCAAGGUAUUCCAUGGUUGAGCCAACAAUUUGCUUCUGCCGAUCCUCCUAUACACAAAAUGAUCCUUUGGUUGGGAAGCUCUAUUGGCAACCAAAACAGACGCGAGUCAGCCAUGUUUCUCCACCGCCUCCAACAAAUGUGUCUGCAACCCGGAGAUUUCCUCUUGGUUGGCUUGGACAAGCGCAAGGAUCCAGCCAAAAUCAAAACUGCCUACGACGACUCACUUGGCACUACCAGGGAAUUUAUCAUGAACGGUCUGGACCACAUCAAUGUCAUUUUGAGUCAAACACUCUUUGACCGUUCCAAGUUUGAUUACGACUCUCGCUACCAGUCGGAUCUUGGUCGACACGUCGCACAUUACAGGGCGCGUGAGAAUAUCGUGCUGACCUAUCAGCGUCGCGCAGGCGAUCAGCUGCGCAUUCCAGUAGAAAAAGAUGAGCUCAUUCAUGUCGAAUACUCGUACAAAUAUUCGGACGAGGAAAUUACCCAUAUGCUAAGCGCUGCACAGUUGGACAAAGCCGAAGAUUGGUCAAACAAGGAAACACCGUAUGUGUUAGUCUUAGCCGAGUGUCGAGCGUUCAAGUUCGAUUGCGACAGGUCGGGUGCCCGCGAGACGCUCUAUCCCACACGCACCGCAAAGCGCACUGAGCAGGAUGCCAACUGCGUGUCCUGCAUGGCUGAUUACACUACAGAAUAUUUUCAUGCAGACAAGGAGGGAAGCUCAGCAAGCCUGGCACAUAUCGUUGGAAGCGCGCACUGGCCGGAGUAUGUGCCUUCGCUCCAUGAAUGGCAGCAGCUCUGGCGAUCCUGGGAUACCGUCACCAACACCAUGAUGGAUCAACAAACUAUGUUAUUUGAACGUCCAAUUGCCUUACGCCACCCGUUCAUUUUCUAUCUUGGACAUAUUCCGGUAUUUCUCGACAUGCUGCUUACGCGAAGUAAUGUGGACGGAGCAAGUUAUACCGAGCCGACAAACUUCUUGAAAAUUUUCGAACGCGGUAUUGACCCCGAUAUGGAAGAUCCUACGCGGUGCAACCCACAUUCGAAGGUGCCAACACGGGAUGAAGAUUGGCCGUCCAGCCAAUCCAUCUUGCUAUAUCAGCAGAAGGUCCGCAAUCGCCUCCAAAGCUUGCUGCUCGAAUGGGAGGCCGAAGACUACAGCGCAUCGAAAAGGCAACAGCGCAGACGCGCAGCGCGUGUGGUGUGGAUGUGCUUUGAGCAUGAGGCAAUGCACCUCGAAACGCUCCUGUAUAUGCUUAUUCAGAGCCCCAAUAUCCUUCCACCAGCAAGCGUGGCCACAGUUCCUUGGAAAAUGGCAGCAAAAUCAGAGCUUUAUGCUUCAGCACGCAAGUCUCAACCGAGAUGUCUCGAUGCAGCACCACUCAUUUCUGUACCUGAAGCAGAUGUCACUAUAGGCCAUGACGACGACGAGGACGCCGAUUUCAAUGCUUCAGACGAGCCUGUCGAGUUUGGAUGGGAUAACGAACAUCCGAAACGUCAGGCACACGUUGACGCGUUUUCCAUCCAAAGCAGACCGGUGACUAAUGGCGAAUAUCUUGCAUUUCUAAAGGAAAUCAGCAGCGACGACUGGCCAGUAUCGUGGGUACGCAUGGAUGAUGGUGGUAUCGGCGUGCGUACGUCGUUCGGCACGUGUUCCUUUGACGAUUCGAUCAACUGGCCUGUUCAGGUCAACUAUUACCAAGGUAGCAAGUACGCUGAGCAUCGUCGUAUGCGUUUGCCGACAGAAGCAGAAAUGCUACGCUUUAGAGAGUGUAUGAGCAACAGCAGCAACAAGAAGAUACCAAACAUUGGGUUCCAGCAGUGGCAUCCGACAGACGUGUCCAAUGACCAAGUGCAUACGCUAGGCGACGUUUGGGAGUGGACAGCAACGACCCUGGACCGCUAUCCUGGAUUUAAGCCGUCCAAAUUGUAUCCUGGUUUUUCGGCCGACUUUUUUGAUGGCAAGCAUCAUGUUGUCCUCGGUGGUAGCUGGGCAACUCAUCCUCGCAUUGCUGAGCGCUGGUCUGUUAGAAACUGGUAUCAAGCUGGUUACCCUUACGUCUUCGCCGGAUUCCGCUGCUGCUCUAAUGUGUAG